AUGCCGCAGAAAAGAGACUUUAAAUACUGGUUACAAAAGAAUCACGCAGAUAGUUCUGAGAUAGCUAUUUAUUUACAAGAUUUAACUAGAAUUCUUCAGUCAAACGAGGAAGACUUUGACGACACAGUCCAACUUCGCACAGAUUGGAUGGAUGAGAUGAUUGGCUGUGACUGGAGAACAGAAUUUCCCACGUGUUUGGAGUUCGCAAAAGCGAAACUGAAACUAGAUUACGAUCUGAAGGAUAAACAGAUAGAUACACUCAGAAACGUGUUUAUCGGGUCAGAUUGCGUGUCUGUACUUCCCACGGGCUAUGGGAAAAGCGUCAUCUUUCAGUUGUUGCCGUUUUUGUUGCAACGGAAACGUCAACUGCAAACACCAGCGAUCGUUAUAGUUGUAACCCCUUUAAGCUCCAUCAUGGAAGAUCAGGUGUACAGUUUAAGAGACAAGGGUAUCAAAGCAUGCUUUUUAAAUAUUGAUGGAAAACAUGCGUCUACAUACACUGAUGACAAAGUUAGUGAUGACGAUGAUGAUGAUGACGAUGAUUCAUGUGAUAUAAAGUUGCCUAAGUCUGUGUCCAUGAAUGACAUCAAGAGAGGAAAUUAUAAUUUGAUAUACGCACAUCCGGAGACGUUAAUCAAUAGUAAGACAUGUUCCUCUAUUCUCCGAUCUUCCGUGUACCAGGCAAACGUGGGGGCAGUUGUAAUCGACGAGGUACAUAUGAUUACAGAAUGGGGAGAGAAUUUCAGACCCGCUUUUAAAAAACUGGGUGAAACAACAUGCAUUUUCCCAGAGGCUGCACACCUGGCACUUACCGCCACAGCAACACCAAAGAAAAUAAACGAACUAUGUAAAAUAUUACAAUACCAGCAGCCUCAGGUGGUCACUGUCAAUCCCGACAGACCAAACAUCUUUUUAAAUAUUGAAAAAAGGCUACCAAAUCUCCACAAAUUUGAAAAAUUGGACAAAAUAAUUGAACCUAUUGCCGACGGACUGAAGACUCAAUUAGGAAUCUUUCCUGUAACAAUUGUGUAUAUGGAGAGCUUAGAAGCUCUCAGUUACUGUUAUCAGUAUAUAUCGUACUGCCUUCAGGAGUUACAAUACAGUGGUGAACAACUUCCUGAGAACCGGAUCUUCGGUCAGUACCACAAAGACUACACUGACGAUAUGAAAAGACACAUAGUCACUGAACUUACAAAGGAAAAUCCUAAAAUUAGACUCGUUCUGGCCACAGUUGCAUUAGGUAUGGGUUUAAAUGCACCGUCAAUAUCACAGAUCAUUCACUGUAGACCACCAACUACCAUUGAAUGCUAUAUGCAGGAAAUCGGCCGUGCUGGGAGAAAUGGUCAGCCAGCUAGUGCCCUUCUUUACUACAACAACAGUGACAUUUCAAAGGCUCGAAAAGGCAUGUCUGACGAAAUGAUAAACUAUUGUAAAAAUGAAACCUCAUGUUCUCGUACAUUUUUGGUGCAGUAUUUUGGGUUUGAACAAGUGCUUUUCAACAAAUCACCUGUUGAAUGUUGUUCAAACUGUAAAAAGCUGAUAUGGGACUGAAUAGCAGCUGAACACUUCAAUAGAUGUAACCUAUACACUGUACAUAGUAAGGAAAAAAACAUGUACACUUAUCCUAUUUUAGGAUGAUAGUGAUGAACUAUAGAGCUAAACAGUAAUGCUGUUAGCCUUUACUCUCUGUCCAGCUUGUUUGAUCAAUAGACUUUUUGGCAAUUAUUUUCCUCUGAAAUUUUGCAUCCUGACAUUACAAUACAUAUAUACAUUAUUGUAUAUAUAGUGUAUAUGCAUACCAUAUUUAUCCUGCAAUAAUCCCAGGGGUCCAACACCUAAACUCUUGACUCAAAGUAGGGGGUGGGCUUAUUACAAUACAAUGAAAUAGCACUUG